AUGUUCAACAUAAUAAAUGUUACACAUCCUACAGCUGAUACAAAGCAUCCAAUGCUGCUAAUACUUUCAUUGCAUGGCGACAGGUACUUCUUUGGAAAAGUUCCUGAGGGCGCCCAAAGGGCAUGUAUUGAAUCAAAGAUCAAACUAUCAAAGUUGGAUAAUAUAUUUCUAACAGGUGAAAUUGAUUCUAGUAGCAUUGGUGGGUUACCAGGGAUGAUUUUAACUGCUGCGGACCAAAAAAGGAGUGAAUUGGUUCUGAAUUACGGCUCGAGUCUACUGAGUUAUUUUGUUAGUACAUGGAGAUAUUUUGUAUUCAGAUUUGGUUUGAAAUUAAAAGUUGUAGAAAUGCAAGACUGUCAAACAUAUGAAAACGACAUUAUAAGCGUCAAAUCACUAGUGACUAAUAUGGGAGAUAGAAGCUGGAAUUUUAGGCAAGAAACUCAGACUUUGUUCAAAAAUAUUAUCUCCAAAAUGUUUCCAAUGAAGUUAAGUACAACCUAUAAGGAACCCUAUACAAAUCCUAGUUUGGAUUUAUCCCUCCCAAAAGAGCGGAUAAAUCGGAGCUCUACAUCCUAUGAGGUAACUUUCAAACCUAUUCGGGGUAAAUUUGAUGUUAACGAGGCUGUGAGGCUGGGAGUUCCUAAGGGACCUAUGUUUAAGACCCUAUCGUUAGGUGAAUCUGUGACAUUGGCAGAUGGAAAUAUAGUGAAACCCGAACAAGUGUUGUCUAAGCAAAGAGAGUUUGCUAAAGUUUUAAUAUUAGAUAUACCGGAUGAUGAAUAUCUGCAAAAAUUCCAUGAUAGAUUCAAGGAUUACGAUAAAACAGCAUUAGGCGUAGUUUACUACUUUCUAGGUGCUGAAGUCUCUAUAAAUAACAAGCUGAUAAGCUUUAUGGAGCUAUUUAAUCAUGAGGACAUUCAUCAUUUCGUAUCGCAUGAAAAAAUUUGCCCUAAUUCUAUUUCAUACUGGUGUUCCUCUGUUGCAACGCUAAAGCUUAAGUCAUUGAACCCUAAUAACUAUAAUCUACCUAUAACUGAUAGAGAACUUUCCGACGAAUUUUACAAGUGUUUCGAGAAGUCUGGUUUGGAUGAAAAUGAUUCUUCUUUAGAAGUUAGUUGUACUCUGAAGUCCAAAAUCGGUAGUAAUAAGGUCCAUAUAUUUACAAGAAAAGAAUCAGUGGAAAUUAAGUCAUUUACCCCAGGAGAUGAGGCUAUGAAAGUAAAGUAUAAGUUUUCUCCACAAGAAUUUAACUCCAUGGAAGAUGCUUAUUAUAAACGAGUACAGCCGCUACAGAUUAAUGGCGUAGAUAUACAUUCGAUCGUAGAUAAAAAGAACAAAGUUGUUGAUCAUUUUUAUUCUAAGCGUGAUCAAGUUGAACUUAUAACAUUGGGAACUGGUAGUGCUUUACCAUCGAAAUAUAGGAACGUUAUAUCUACUGUCGUCAAAGUUCCCUACAAUAAUAAUGGUGAAUACAGAAAUCGUAUCAUUAUAUUAGAUGCUGGAGAGAAUACGCUAGGCUCUAUACACCGAACAAUACGUCCUGAAAACAUGGAGCGGUUUUUUACUGACUUGAAAAUGAUAUAUUUAAGUCAUUUACAUGCUGAUCAUCACCUGGGUAUAUUGUCACUAAUAAAGGAAUGGUACAUUUAUAAUAAGCAUGACGAGUCAGCAGUGCUAUAUUUGGUUGCACCCCGGAAGUAUGAUAUAUAUGUUGAUGAGUGCCUCAGAAUUGAGUUACCUGAAGUGCUUGAACGUUUGAAGUAUAUUGAUUGUGAAGAUUUAUUAUAUAAAAAGGCCUCGAGACAAAAUCGUAAUGAGAACCAUGAAGGACAUGUUAUUCAUAAAGUUCCAAGAGAAGAUGAUAAUGCAUAUGAUUUAGGUUUUUAUGGGGAGAAAAGAAGACGACUAUUCGAUCAGGAUGUUAUGGAUAAAAUAUGUGAGAUGAAAACUAGCCUUAAUAUCCAAGGGUUCCAAACCUGUAGAGCAUUCCACUGUGAACGAUCAUAUUGUAAUUCUAUCACUUUUUCCAUGGAUCAAAAUGAUAGGCCAUUCAAGAUAUCUUAUUCAGGAGAUACUAGGCCGAAUUUCAACGAUUUUGCAAAAAAAAUAGGUAGUAAGUCUGACUUGCUAAUUCAUGAAGCUACGCUUGAAAACCAAUUGCUAAGUGAUGCGAAGAAGAAGAAACAUAGUAUUAUUAAUGAAGCUAUAAUGGUCUCCAAUACUAUGGGUGCGGUGAAACUCUUAUUGACUCAUUUCUCUCAACGAUACCCAAAGUUGCCGCAGAUGUCUGGAAAUAUAGAGUUAAAUGCCAAGGCAAUAAGUUACGCUUUUGAUGGAAUGAUCACUAGUUAUGAUUCACUUGGGAACCAGACAUCUAAUCCUGGUGUGCUUCGGAAAUUAUUCUUGGAUGAAGCGAUGAGUGAGGAGACGGAAGUAGAUGACGAGGUAUGA